UUUCUCUCCUGUUCCCUGGUCUAAACUCCUCUUGAAGAUUUUGUCGAAGACGAGUGAGGUUUUCGAAGGUUAUGAACGACAGUAUGCGAACUCUCCGCAUCUUUCCCGGAAAUGUGACUCUGCUUCUGUUAUUCAACAUUCAGAACAGAAGAAACAAAAGUUUUCCGAGAUAAGUUCUGGGAUUGAUGAGGCUGAUGUCCUGAUUCGGAAAAUGGACCUGGAAGCAAGGAGUUUGCAACCAGGGGUUAAGGCAACCUUACUUGCAAAAUUAAGGGAAUAUAAAGCUGAUUUGAAUAAAUUGAAGAAGGAAUUCAAGAGAAUUGCUUCACCCGAUGCUCAUGAUGAGUUGUUGGAAUCAGGAAUGGCUGAUGUCCACUCGGUUUCUGCUGAGCAAAGGGAUCGAUUGUCGAUGUCGGUGGAGAGACUAAAUCAGUCAAGUGACAGACUUAAGGAGAGUAGAAGAACUGUUCUGGAAACAGAAGAGCUUGGUAUCUCUAUCCUUGAAGAUUUACAUCAACAGCGACAGACUCUCCUGCACGCCCAUAACAAGCUUUAUGAUGUGGAUAGCGCCAUUGACAAGAGCAAGAAAGUCUUAACAACCAUGUCGCGAAGGAUUACCAAGAACAAAUGGAUCGCUGGCUCGGUAAUCGUAGCUCUCGUCCUUGCAAUCAUCUUAAUCCUUUGUUACAAGAUUUCACAUCGCUGAUGAAAUCUUUCGGACCAUUGUUCUGCAAUUUGUAUAUGUUCAUCCAAGCAUUCCAGACUUCUGUCAUCAUGUAAUGUCUCGACACUUUGUUCAAGUCUUGGUCACUUCGAAUUCGAGUACGAGUGUUAUUCA